GUCUGACGGUCAACAACAACAAACCUUCACGCAAACUUAAAUUUAAUUUGUCGACCUUUCAGAGUGGCUGAAAUCAGAGGUUCUUCAGUGUCUUUGCUAGACAUGUUAUUACGAGGCUGGUGCGAUCAACGUGGUUUCUAUACCUUCAUGUAAACUCCAUGUAUGAAGCAGCAGCAUCAACCAGUUUGAGUGUAGCAGCAGCUAGGCCUGGGUUCAUUCGGUGGAUGGUGUUGGAUGCAUUGUAAAGAAGAAUGAGAAAGUGGAUGCUGUAAUGGUCCAUGAAAAUAAACCUCUCUCAGAAGAAUUUUAUAUUAGUGCCAUAAUCCUGGAAUACAAGAGGACAAAUAUAUCCCAUUGAAAUCAACUAUGUCCUUUUGUGAAAUAAGAAACAUUGUAGAACAUUUGAGAGUUCUUGGAUUUCCGAGGAUGGUAUCCUUGGAGAACUUCUCUUUGCCCAACUUUCAGCUUGUGAGUGAAAUUCUCACAUGGGCAAUGACAACUGUAGAUGCUGACCAUGAUGCCACCUUUAACAUAGAUUCUGAACAGGACCGUGUUUUUAUGGUCCGCAUGGCUGCUUUGUUUUUUUAUAACAAGUUGGGAGUGUGCCUGAAUACACAGAAGCUGUAUGGUGCAGACAAGCUGGCAGCACGAGAAUUACUGAAGAUCACAAGUUGUCUCUAUAAAGCUGCAGAGUCAGCUUUACAGCCAAGAGAAGACAGUGAAGAGUUACUUCAAGCAGUCAAUAGCAAUUUAGCUGUUGUAUCAGUAAAGGAACUGCGUGAAGUGCGGCAACUUGCAUCUAAUAUUAUCAUGGAUGCUGCAUCUCUUUGUGACAGCCUGAAGCAACAAGCUGAUAACAAGAUAAAAUGGCUAACAGCACUAGAUCAAGCAUUUGACCUGGACUUCCUAGAGGCAUCAGUAAUAUCUGCUCUGCAUGCUCUUGCUUGUACUGUGGCCGAGAUCAAGGAAGCAACUGAAAGUCUUGAAAAACAGGGCAAAGAGAUUAUGGAGAAAAUACAAAAGAAGAGGGAGUCAUUAACCAGAAAUGAGAAGAGGAUGGAGGCCCUGAUGAAAAUUAAACCAGCAUGGCAAACAGAAUUUGAUCAAGAGGAAUCAGAGCUUCGUACAGUAUGGGAUGAUUAUAUAACUAAGCACAAAAGCUUGGCAUACCUAGAAGAAGAAUUGAAGCAGUUAGAGAAACAACAACUGAACCAUAUACAUCAACAACUGGAUAUGACUGCUAGAAGUAGAGAGGCAGCUAUGACUGAGUUCUCAGUAUCAGGAGUUGCCAAAUCCAGUGUCAAUGACAUCAUAAGAACAAGCCACCAAGUGCUUGGAAACAUGACUGGUGAAAAUGUUGAGUCAUCAGAUGAAUCUGACACUGUUGACUCCCUUUUGAUUGACUCAGGGAGUGAAGAUGACAGUUUAACUCUUAUGUCUGCAGCUGGAAGAGCAGGACCGGUAUUGCAACAAGGUUUAGUAUAUGCAGGCUCAUUAAAAACAGCCUCAGCUAGCACACAACAGCUAGAACACACUUCUUUACCAUUGGAAAGAGUGUCUGCUAGUCAUUCUUAUACUCGUCCUCCUUCAGCUCGACCAAAAUCUAGCCAAAAGAGAAUGGGAGGAAGUAGUUUGACAACUUGGACAAGUGUCAAGGGAAGUGGACGUGUGUCCCCCUUAUCAGUAUCAGAGGACAAUAGUGAUGAUGCUUUUUAAGUCAAGACAUACUCCUUUAAUACCUUUAAAAAAAUUUAAACUAUUCAAAUGGACUUUCAUGCAUGAUCAUGAUGCCAAAGGAUCUUGUGGGUAGAUUUAAAUAAGUUUUUAUUUUUUCUAAAUGUAUUUUGAAAAUUUUUCUAAAUGUAUUUUGAGAAUUUCUUAAUCAAAUAUAUUGCUUUCAUAAUAACUCUUCUAAUCUUUUUAGAAUGGUGAAAAAUUAUAGAUGUAAAAUUGAAUAAUCUUCAAAUUUAACCCUUAAACUGCACAAAGCAUAUGAUGCUUUGAAUAACUGUCAACAAAUUGCGCAGAGCAUCAUAUGAUGUUUGGGAGUACCACACAAGAUUUAAAAGUCCCGCGGCUACACAGGGUUCACGUCAGCUUUCUCAGGGCUCUUGUAAACAGACGCCAUUUUUAAAACAAAUCGUGGGCAACAUUGUCGGGUGUGAAAGCCACAGUACU